UAUAUAUGCAAACCGCAGCCUGUUGCUGUGGUAACUGCUCUAUGCUACUCAGAACAGCUAAUUCCACGUUCUCAGACCCAUAGAGUUCAGAAGGUGCGAUUGCUGCAUUCGCCCCCCCAGGCCAGGAGCAUCCUGCUGCUGCAGAGCAGCGCGCAGUGAGCAGCAGGCAGUGAACAGCAGGCAGUGAGCAGCAGGCAGUGAGCAGCAGGCAGUGCUGUGCAGCACUGUGGGCCGGCAGUGGCACUGAAGCUGUGCGCAGGCGGAAGCCAGGCGGGCGUUCAGGCAGCGGGAGCUGCGUGCUGUCCUGGCUGCGCCCUUGCACGCUCACGGCAGAACGAUGUGCAGUGCCCUGGGAGGUUAUGGUCGGCCCUGAGGGCCCGCCCGACGCCGCGCCGCUUCGCCCCGCUCGUGCCGCCCGCAGCGGCACCCGGAGCCGCCGCCACCCGUAACCGAGAGACGCUGCCGGGCCGCCUCCGCGUCCCAGUAAAAGUUUGCCGGGAAAGCCGGAGCCUUCCGGCGGAGCGCAGCCGGCCGCCCCCGCCCGCUCCGAGCCGCCCGUGCCCCCCAGCGGCCGCCCCGAACGGCCCCGGCCCCGCCAUGGGGUGCUGAGCCCGGCCGCCUCCCCUCCUCCCCCCGCGUGGUGACCACUCGGCGCCCCCGGCCCCAUGUGCCCCUAGCGGAGCGGGAACCGCCUGGAGCCGCUCUGCUCGGCCCCGCUGCUGUGUUGGACGUUGACCCCGUAGGACCUAACGAUGGCCGUCAGUGUCACGCCCAUCCGCGACACCAAGUGGCUCACGCUGGAGGUGUGCCGGGAGUUCCAGAGAGGGACGUGCUCGCGGCCGGACACGGAAUGUAAAUUUGCACACCCGUCGAAAAGCUGCCAGGUGGAAAACGGACGUGUCAUCGCCUGCUUCGAUUCAUUGAAAGGGCGAUGUUCGAGGGAGAACUGCAAGUACCUUCACCCGCCGCCGCACUUAAAAACGCAGCUGGAGAUCAAUGGCCGCAAUAACCUGAUCCAGCAGAAGAACAUGGCCAUGCUGGCCCAGCAGAUGCAGCUUGCCAAUGCCAUGAUGCCCGGAGCCCCGCUGCAGCCUGUGCCCAUGUUCUCCGUCGCGCCCAGCCUAGCCACCAAUGCCUCGGCUGCCUUCAACCCCUACCUGGGGCCUGUGUCCCCAGGGCUGGUGCCGGCGGAGAUCCUGCCCACCGCGCCCAUGCUGGUGGCGGGCAACCCUGGUGUCCCGGUGCCUGCUGCCGCCGCUGCUGCUGCGCAGAAGCUGAUGAGGACGGACAGGCUGGAGGUGUGUCGGGAGUACCAGCGCGGGAACUGCAACCGGGGCGAGAACGACUGCCGGUUCGCUCACCCCGCCGACAGCGCCAUGAUCGACACCAACGAUAACACCGUUACGGUCUGCAUGGAUUACAUCAAAGGGAGAUGCUCACGGGAAAAGUGCAAAUACUUCCACCCUCCAGCACAUCUGCAAGCCAAGAUCAAGGCUGCCCAGUACCAGGUUAACCAGGCUGCAGCUGCCCAGGCAGCAGCAACGGCGGCUGCCAUGACUCAGUCGGCUGUCAAAUCACUGAAGCGACCCCUCGAGGCAACCUUUGACCUGGGAAUUCCUCAAGCUGUACUUCCCCCCUUACCAAAGAGGCCUGCGCUUGAAAAAACCAAUGGUGCCACCGCAGUGUUCAAUACUGGUAUUUUCCAAUACCAGCAAGCUCUUGCCAACAUGCAGCUGCAGCAGCACACAGCCUUUCUCCCACCAGGCUCAAUAUUGUGCAUGACACCCGCUACAAGUGUUGUUCCCAUGGUGCACGGUGCUACGCCAGCCACUGUGUCUGCAGCAACAACAUCUGCCACAAGUGUUCCCUUCGCUGCAACAGCCACAGCCAACCAGAUACCCAUAAUAUCUGCCGAACAUCUGACUAGCCACAAGUAUGUUACACAGAUGUAGACAUUUUGUCAUCAAACAAUCAUCACUGAGGAGAAAAGGACAGUGUGUUUGGGUUGAGGAAGGACAAGUUCAUUAGCCAUAAUGUAUAUACCGUCAAGCCACACUCAGAACCCCCUCAGCAGUAAGACAUCCACACAUUGCAUGUUAUGGAGACGAACGAGAACUUGGAAAUCCACUGCACACUGUUGCCUAUAUACUUUGUACAUUUAAUUGAUAUUUGUGCUGAGGUGAUCUUCUUGUCUAAGAACUACAACAUUGUCUGUCUUUUCUAGCACAGCAGUGUGCGUACGCGCUCGCAUUCGCGUGUGCGGCCUGUUUGCCACAUAACCACGUGCGUCACCUUGAAAAGACAGACUAUGAUGUAACCAUGAAUCUAUUAUGUAUUGGUACGUCUGUAGACCAAGAUAUAAUUUUUUAAAGUAAGUUUAUUUCUUUCAAGGUUUACAAAUAACAAAGGUGCACCUUGUAUUUAAAAUUGCCAUUAUAGAUGAGAGCGUGCAUGCACAGUAAUUUUUGUUUUAAGAGUAAUAUUUUUAAUGUAAUAGAUUGUAAGAAGCGGUAAGAGAGGUAUCUGACAGAGAUGAAUGUGCCAAGCAAAACCACAACCGUGUCUAUUUUAAAGCGCGUCGAUGGCUUUAAGUACCACGUUGUUAAGGAUUCUCAUGAAGUGCCAUAGACUGUACAUCAGACCAGAGUGUUAUUUUGCAGUGUUACUUUCAGAACCACGUUUUCGCUUUCCUUGCUCGUACCGAUCAGGCAAAGGGCACCGUUCUGUUUCCAAACCAAAGCCGUCUCAGAAAUGGCGCUCGCUGUGCUGCCGCGCGCCGGAAAGGGAAAAGCCAUUUCUGAGACGCGGUGACAAGUGUGUGAGGAACUUCUCCUGCUUCUCUGUACAGCCUCUGUCAGAAGUCAAAGGACUCUAAACGCUCUGCAGACGGGCUGCGCCUUCCCUUCGCACAGUCACGCCUUAACUGGUGACUCUAAACUAAGGCGGCGGAAGCACUGGGUCAGAUGCACGACAAACCAAAACGUGGCGAAACGGAGAUGUUGAAUAGCGUAGGAACCGGGGGGGGUAAAUGCUCGGGUGAGUUUUAUAUGUGAUUUUUUGUUCAGAUUAACUGCUUAUAGCCUUAGAAAGCCUUUACAAAAUAAUAAUAAAAAACAGAUAGAUGUGCAUUCAAGUUUUAAGAACGGAUUCAUCCAAAGGAAUUCCUCUUUGUGGUUUGGAUGUUGCAGCUCGUAAAGGGUAUUUUUGCUCUGUUCAGCAAAGUGCUGACGUGGGGGCCAGGGCACUGGCAGCACAGCGGGUGGAAGAAGCGCGGGUUCGGUUCUAGAACCCUCCAUACUUCCGAGUUUACGGCGAGUUUUUAUGCUUGAGAGAGAUGCUUUAUAGUCUAAGAAUGACGUGUUGAUUUUACUGAUUGUACUGUACAUCUAUUAAAGCCUUAGAUUAUUACAUUACGGGUUACAACCCAUACCAAUGUAAUUUCAAUCGUGUUAAGAAAGUAUAGGUGACUUCACAUGUUAUCGUAGUUACUCGACAUUAUAGAAUAUUGCUUAUUUUCUUCUCGUCGGAAGUGUAGUUUUCAUUUCUUACAUUUAUUAGGUCGUUUCGUUUCCUAUUACCAGCUGAGUGCCGUUUCAGCUCCUGGGGUCGUGUUUUGUCAGAGCUGAGCGAUGAGUUUUCUGAAAUAGAGAGCAGUUUUCUUCAUCACGUAACUCAGUUUUGGAUCUCUGUAGCGUCAUCCGAAUAUUCGUAUUCUUGUUGACAAAAUGACUUCUAUUUUGCCAAUUUAAUAUGACAAUGUAAGAAUGUCAGUCAUCGUUAGUUCUUGUCUAGUUCUCAUUAAAAGAACAAAGAUCUUUUAUAUGGAUAUCUUAUAAUUAUAUAAUCAUUGCUAAGUAAGGAGUUAAGUUGUUGCUAUGGCAACGAUCCUGGCAGACAAUUGAGUAAUAUUUUGAUGAUUUAUUUUGUUUGUAAUUAGUUAUUAUGAGAAAAUCUAGUUCCUAGAUAUUAGAAUAAAAUUUAUUUUCUACUGUAUCCAUUUCAAAUGUUAAAAUAUUGUUUAACUAUUUUUUGAGAUCCCUGGAUAUCAGGCCUUGUUAUAAAUAAGCUGCAUAAUCGAUAGAUCAAGGGACUUUUUGUUGAUAAUCCAAAUACUCAAAGUUUACGUAAUGAGAAUUAUAGCGUGUGUGUGCAAACUCGUGAGGGUUGAUUAUGCUGCAGUUGAGCAUGUGGGAACGGACCGGGAGAAGGUUGACUUUUUGCACUUCUGUAUAUAGUCAAAAAAGAGAGAAACCUGUAUAAUAGUAAGAUCUUAUUUUGAAUAAAAAUGUCUAUAAUUACAAGGAGUUUUGUUAAGGCUAAUAAAAUGACAGGCUGAACAAAAUUGCUUGCAAAAGUGGCACAGAGUUAGCACUCCAUACCCCUUCGAAAAAGUUGCUUUGCUUUAUGUGGACAGCUUGUAGUUUGCCAGGAUUUUUUCAGCUGGAAAGAUCUGCCAUCCUUCCGAGAUCUCAUGACUGACAAAAGCUCCACUGGUUCAAAUCUGCCUGAAAACCAUUACGAAAAAAGGAAAAAAAAAAAAAAAAAAAAAAAGGAAAAAGAACAAAAAAAAGCCGGUACUUCAAACCAUCAAGGUGAACCCAUGGAUCCAGUAUUGCGUACAUUACUCAGAAACUACUGCAUGUUUAAAGUAUCAAAGCUAUAUUAAAGGUAUAUACUACUCCGACCAGUUUCUGACCAUUUCAGUGGUUUAUUGUUCACAAAAAAGAUUCUUCAAAACCGAUACUGACUUUCACAAAAGAGUUGAAUCAUGAACAGGCAAACCGAACAGCACACCGUAGCUGUAGUUGUUACGUGAUUAUUUUUUAUUGCUGUAGUGGUCCUGUUCUUUUAGCAGGUGAAAAAAAAGAAAAAAAAACAGACGAAAUUUUACAGUUUUAAUGGGAAGCACUCAAUAAACCUCGUGGUUGCCGAUGCCAAAGCUGGAAAGAAAAGGCGGUGGGGCCGUUCCUUACCUCCCUCCGGUGCUCAGACGCAACGAGGGGUAAGCUGCACUUAUUUGCAACCCCGCAACUUUCAUCUGCUGAAAGGACAGAUGUGCUUGGUUUUACUAUUAUGUAAUCACAAACUUACUUUUGCUUGUAGUUGCUCCGAAUUAUGUACUCUGUCCUGGGCUGCAAUUUGUUUUUAUGCUUAUUUUAUUCUUACUGCUAUAGUUGACCUUGCUGUAUGGAAAAAUAAAGUGAAAUUGCCCUAAUAAAAGUUCUCUUUCUUAA